AUGAGGCUGGAGGUCCCUAAGACACAGCGUAUGAUGCUGGAGGUCCCUAAGACACAGCGUAUGAGGCUGGAGGUCCCUAAGACACAGCGUAUGAUGCUGGAGGUCCCUAAGACACAGCGUAUGAUGCUGGAGGUCCCUAAGACACAGUGUAUGAUGCUGGAGGUCCCUAAGACACAGUGUAUGAGGCUGGAGGUCCCUAAGACACAGUGUAUGAUGCUGGAGGUCCCUAAGACACAGUGUAUGAGGCUGGAGGUCCCUAAGACACAGUGUAUGAUGCUGGAGGUCCCUAAGACACAGCGUAUGAUGCUGGAGGUCCCUAAGACACAGCGUAUGAUGCUGGAGGUCCCUAAGACACAGUGUAUGAUGCUGGAGGUCCCUAAGACACAGUGUAUGAUGCUGGAGGUCCCUAAGACACAGCGUAUGAUGCUGGAGGUCCCUAAGACACAGUGUAUGAUGCUGGAGACACAGCGUAUGAGGCUGGAGGUCCCUAAGACACAGUGUAUGAUGCUGGAGGUCCCUAAGACACAGUGUAUGAUGCUGGAGGUCCCUAAGACACAGUGUAUGAUGCUGGAGGUCCCUAAGACACAGCGUAUGAGGCUGGAGGUCCCUAAGACACAGCGUAUGAGGCUGGAGGUCCCUAAGACACAGUGUAUGAGGCUGGAGGUCCCUAAGACAUAG